UCUCAAUGCCGCCGAAGCUGCUUCCAACUUUGAUCAUGAGAACUUAGCUUCGUUGGUGGUUGUCAAACGUGACGAGGGCAAACGUAAUUUCUUAAACAAUGGAUAUGCACCCCUUGUGACUUACCAAAACGCCAACGAAAAUAUCGCCAGCACAGAAGCCGCUAAAGUUAACUCUUUAGGGAUGGAAAGUCUUAAUGCCGCCGAAGCUGCUACCAACUUUGAUAAUGAGAACGCUCAAUCGUUUUUAGUUGUCAAGCGUGAUGAGAACAAACGUGCCUUCUUAAAUAAUGGAUAUGCACCCCUUGUGACUUACCAAAACGCUAAUCAAAACAUCGCUACCACCGAAGCCGCUAAUGUUAACUCAUUAGGAAUCGAGGCCUUUAAUGCCGCUGAAGCCGCUUCCGCUUUCGAUUCCGAGAAUGCACAAUCACUUCUUGUUGUAAAGAAUUAA